AUGGUCAAAGUCCUCGUCUCCUUCAGCGCAUUGGUGGCAACCGCCACGGCUGGCUCCGUCACGGAACUCCCCGAGUCUGUGACCAAGCUCAUCGACUACUCCGCAAACCCUUGCAACGACUUUUAUCAAUAUGCGUGUGGCGCGUGGCACAAGGAUGCUGUGAUCCCCCCGAACAGAAUGAAUAUCGGCACGUCGUUCGUCAAGAUCGCCAUCCGAAGCCAAGACGUGUUGACGAAGAUUUUGACUGACAACAAGCCCAAGCUUGGUGAGUUUUACAACUCCUGUUUGGACACGGCUACGCUGUCGUCGCUCGGCGAGACUCGGUUGAAGGACUCGUUCGAAGCCAUUCGGUCAGCCAACACCACGUUGGACCUCCUCAUCGUGGCCGAACGCCCUCUUCGGCGUCCGAUCCCCCCUGUCGCUGUCUCGCGGGUGUUGAAGUUGGCUGGCUACACUGCCGAACAAGCGGCGGCUGCGGUGCCGGUGGUCAUCCGCUUCGAGCAAACUGUAGUCCAUUUCGGCCUCAACGAAAUUCUCGACGAGAUGGAGGCCGCUGUGUCUCCGUACACUGCGCUCACGUUUUACCAACUGGACCAGCAGUACCCACUGCUCAUCGGAUCAUGGCUCAAGGCCAACGGCUUCAACGUCCACGACCAGUCCGGUGGGUUGAAUGACUGGGUGGGUUUUUCCUACUUGACCUACUUUGACAAGACGGAAGCGCUGUUAAAGAACACAACUUUGGAUGACCUCCGCACCAUCGUGGAGUACAAGCUCAUCCACGCCUCGUCCAACCACUUGACCCCUGAAUUCCGCACAGCCAAUUGGAACUUGUUCGGCAAGACGAUCAAUGGCGAAAAGGAGGAACCUACUCGUGAAAAGUACUGCGUAUCUGAGACGGGCAAGACCGUGGGGGAACUCUUGGACCAGUACUUCUUAGACGCGGUGUGGUCGGCUGAUACAGCCAAGGCGACCGACAAACUGGUCAAGGCCUUGACGUCAUCCUUCUCCACUGGCAUUGCCACCGCCGACUGGUUGGACAACUCGACCCGCGCCAACGCGCAAUCGAAGCUGUCCAAGUUAGUGUAUUUGAUGGGUGGCCCAGAGAAGCCCCAGUUGUACCCCACGCUGACGUUGGACUCGAAGACGUAUUUGAAAAACCGCUGGAAGAUCUCUCAAGUGAACAUCGACACCAACUUGAAACUGAACGGCCAACCUGUGGACAAGCGCAAGUUCGGCGUGCCUGCCCACAAGGCGACCACGGACGACAAAGCCGAAAUGAAUCAAUUUGAGCUUCCUGCUGGCAUCUUGCAACCUCCGCUCCUUGAUGUCAAACACGAUGCCGCCCAGAACUUUGGUGCCAUCGGGGUUGUCAUCGGACACGAAAUCACCCACGGGUUCGACAACUACGGCCGCAAUUUCGAUGGCGACGGCAAGUUGAACAAUUGGUGGUCGAGCGCCACCAACACUACGUUCAAGACGAAGGCCCAGUGUAUUAGCGACCAGUACGCCAACUUUGUUGUCAAGAGCGAAGUGACUGGUGCGGUGUUUGGCAACUUCAGCGGCCAGAUCUCUUUGGGUGAAACUAUUGCGGACAACGGGGGGCUCAAGACCAGUUUUCGUGCGUACCACGAGUACUUGAAGAAGUUUCCGUCCCAGUACACGGAAGAAGCAGGCGACAAGUUGUUCUACUUGUCGUUCGCCCAAUCCUGGUGCUCCAAAAACACGGAUGACUACCUCCUCUGGAAUAUGAGGAAGAAGCACCCGCCCAAUCGGUUCCGCGUGAUUGGAACGACGCUAACUUUGCCCGAGUGUUCCAGUGCCCCACCGACUCACCGACUCACGACCAAGGUCGUGGGCAUGUGCGACGGCACCGAGCCCAGCAUCCACCAGAGUGCCCACAACGCCAAGAAUAACUGGGCGCGCCACUACCUAUGUACUGUAUGA